CCAGUCCUCGUGGUGCUGCUGGUGGCGGUGCUCGCCUUCUUGCUGGGCUUCGCGGCCGCCUCGGCCCUUGCCUGGUGGCGGCUCCGCCGCUCAGAGGCUCGCGAGGUCCAGGGCCAGCGGGUGCUCGUCUCGUACGACGCGGAUCCUCGCGAGCUCUUGUGGCAUGAGCGCCUGCUGCGCGCCCACGUGCAUGGGAGCUUGUGGGGGGUCGCCACGCCAGAGCGGGACAUGUACCUCGAGGACCUCCAGGAGGGAAUCGAGAGCCUGGUGCCGCUGGGGCCACUGGGCGGGCUGCCCGCCGGGUGGAGCCGCGGCCCGUUUUACCGGUUCAGGGGCUCAUUGCAGGGGCCGCUGUUCCAGGCCGACAUCCUGCGGCUGCCGGCAGACGGCGCCGAGCUCGCGGAUCAGGAGCGUCUCGCGCUGGGCCUCGAGGAUAUGCCACCGCUUCCGCCGCCCGAGGAGGCACCUCCAGCUCCGGUGCUGGAGAGCGCUGCCCGCCCCGAGGAGGGUGAGCGGCGCUUCUUGGAGACGCGGGGGGAGGCGCGUCUGGGCGAGCGGGUGGUCCCUGCUGCGCUGGAGGCUGGCUGCUGCCGAGGAGAUCGAGGGGUCGCGAAGGUCGGCGGCGCGUUUGUCUCCUGCGCCUUCUUCAGGACGUUGCCAGUGAAGUACGAGACGUCGGAUCGGCGGCACCGCUCGCAUAGGGAGGCAGCCUCGCUUACCGCGACGACGGCGUUCGACGACUGGCACAUCAGCGGGCCCCGCGCGGCGGAGUGGCUAGCACGCGAGAUCGCCCGUCAGGAGCUGACGCUGGUGAGUGGCCACUUCUGGCGGCGGCAGCUCCUUAAUCUCGGCCCCAGCGACUGGGGCGCCGGGGAGCACGAGGCGCUCAGCAGGCUGUUCGAGUACGCCUUGACGUACGACCAGCUCAAUUUGGGAGAGCUCGCGUCGCUGGAGCUUGCUGGGCGCCGCCAUCAGCUGCUUGAGAAGAGAUGCGCGCGCAUGCUGGUAGCAGCCACUGCCAGCGGCGACAGCGGACACCUCGACAACGACAGGCUCUUCAUGGGAGAGGAGGGCCGACACGGUCGCGCGCUCGUUGCUCCUGCCCUGGAGCCCUGGAUUUCGCACAAGGUAUCGGAGGAGAGCGCGGCGAUGGAGGAGCGCCAGCUGACGCGCUCCACGGACGCGACCCCUGAUGCUGGAAGCGGCCAGAACGACGACGAGCCCCCCAAGAACCCGCGCAAGAAGGGCGGCGGGCAGGGGGGUGGUGCUGCUUGA